ACCACAACAUCCUGCCUCGCAUCAGUCUUACUCGAAUUGCGCACUCGCUCGGUCCACGCAAUGAUCACGAUCGCUGUAGUUUUAAUAGUGCUCGUCGCGCUAUACCUUUACAAUGUCAGAACAUUUGACUACUGGGAAAAACGAGGUGUCAAACACGACAAACCAGUGUUAAUUUUCGGCAAUAAUGCCGACAACUAUCUUAUGCGGAAAAGCGUUUCCGAAAAGGCUGUCGAAAUGUAUUGGAAAUAUCCUAACGAAAGAAUCGUCGGCUUUUUUAGAUCCACUAGGCCAGAGCUCGUAAUAAGGGAUCCGGAGAUUGUGAAGCAUUUGUUGGUUAGCGAUUUUUAUCACUUUUAUCCGCGCGGUCUUAUCGCUAACAGGAAAUAUAUGGAGCCAAUUAUGAAGAACUUGUUUUUUGCGGAUGGAGACCUGUGGCGGUUGUUAAGGCAGCGUAUGACGCCGGCAUUCACGAGCGGCAAGCUGAAGGCAAUGUUCCCGCUGAUCGUGGAGCGUGCAGAGAGGCUGCAGGAGCGCGCGCUCGCUGCCGCAGCUGGCUCCCGUACCAUCGACGCCCGUGACCUCAUGGCCCGCUACACUACCGACUUCAUCGGCGCCUGUGGCUUUGGCAUCGAUGCCGGCUCGCUGAACGAAGAGGAAUCAGCUUUUCGAAAAUUAGGCGCUAGCAUCUUCAAAAUUGAUAACAUGCGUUUUAUGUCUUCGAUCUUGAAACAGUUUAUGCCCAGACUGUUCUGUCAUUUAAAACCAAUGGGUCAGAUAGAGAAGGGCAUAAAAGAACUGGUAGGUGCAAUUUUAAGGGAAAGAAAAUAUCAACCGUCUAGUAGGCAUGACUUUAUUGAUCUUCUGAUAGAAAGCAAGAAUAAAGGAUUAAUGACAGGAGAAUCCAUAGAACAUAUGAAACCUGACGGAACUCCAGAGGUUGCUAGUCUAGAAAUGAACGAAGAUCUGAUGGCUGCUCAAGUGUUUAUAUUCUUCGCUGCUGGGUUUGAGACGUCGUCUUCGGCCACAAGUUUUACUUUACACCAAUUGGCUUAUAACCCUAAUGUACAGAAAAAAGUACAAGAAGAAAUUGACAGGGUUCUUGGUCAACACAAUAAUAAGCUCAGUUACGAUGCUGUGAAAGAAAUGACUUAUCUAGAUUGGACAUUUAAGGAAGGCAUGAGGAUGUUUCCAUCGCUUGGAUUCCUAAUGAGGGAGUGUUCCCGUAAAUAUACUAUCCCGGACACUGAUGUAACCAUAGACGAAGGAGUUCGAAUUGUAGUGCCUUUACAGGCUCUGCAUAUGGACCCUCAGUAUUUCGAGAAUCCUGAAGAGUUCCAGCCGGAAAGGUUUAGUCCAGAAGAGUUUAAUUUGGUGCAGAAGAGUAUCUACUUACCGUUUGGUGUUGGUCCUCGCGCAUGCAUAGGUGAGAGGCUGGGCUUGAUGCAGUCUUUGGCGGGGCUGGCAGCCGUCCUCUCAAAGUUUACUGUAUCACCGGCACCAGAAAGUGUACGGCGGCCUAAAGUGGAGCCUAAGUCCGGCGUCGUGCAAACUAUAAAAGGAGGUCUGCCUUUAAUGUUCAAGGAGAGGAAGUAAACGGAAUAGGACUUUGGGGUGUGCAAAAUUCUACCAUGUAAUGCUUUAAGAUCAAAGUUUAAGCAAUUCAGACAAUUAGCAGUCAGUGAAGACUAAGGUAAACUGGGGUUAUUUUGAAUCGCGGGGAAACAUAUAUGGUCGAUUUUUGAGAAUAAUGGAAGUUGGUUUUUGAUUGCAAGCUUAAGAAUUGUGUGUGUGGGAUUAAGAGGGAAGUAUACCACGUGAUCGUCCAUAUAAAAAGAGAAAACGUUUUUCCUCUUCUAAAUAUUUUCCAGUCUCCAUUAUUUUUUAGUAUGUUAUUGACACAAAGAAAAACUACGUUUUCCUUUUUUCAAAAUUCGCACAACAAAAAAAAAUAAGCGUUACCUAGAAUAUGCUGAAGCGAUCGACAUCAAAAUCAAAGUGAUUUGUUAAGAUUUAGUUAAUUGAAAACGUUUUUCCCGAAAUAGAAUUUCAUAUAAACAUAUCGCUAUUUCGCUAGGAUCGAAAAGCUAUUCUUUCCCCUCAAGUUAGUUCGAUUUCCAUACAAAAAACAAUCCCGGUUUGGUUAAAUCAUUACACUUACUACAUAAAUAUGUGCGCAUCUAUUUACUUUCGAAUAUUCGUCUGCGCUAAAUUGAUAGAAAAACUUUGUUGUGUUACAUUGAUAAAAAAAAUAACGUUAUUGUUAUAUAUAUUAAAUAAAUGCGCAUAUAUUUAUAUACUAACAGUGUGUAUAAAAAAUCGACGGUAAGUAUUUCCCUGCGAUUCAAUAUAACCCCAGUUUAACGGUAUUAUUACUUACACGCGUUACAACGUGACAGCCGGUAAUUCUAGCUAAUGAUAAAUAAAUAACUGUACUUAGCUUCAAUUGUAUAGAUAAAUUAUGAUAUGAUUUUAAUUAAUCAUACAUGAGUGUUUCCAUGCCAUGAUACAUCUAACUUUUUGCUGUGUUAUCUAAUGAAUAAUAAUAGCAAAAAUAACCUAGAAACUUCGCAUAGAAUAAAAAAUUAGUAAACGCUUUAACAGUUGCAGACAUUUUGGUAUCAACCAACCCUUUGUUAUUUAGCUACAUAUAUUUUAUUAGUAAAUAUAGCAACCGGAGUUCAUAAUAGUACAUUACGAUACAAGUGUGAAAAGUAAGAAAUUUGCAACGAGUGCCGAUAACUUAAAUAAAUAAAUAUUAUAGGACAUUAUUACAAAAAUUGACUAAGUCCCACAGUAAGCUCAAUAAGGCUUGUGUUGAGGGUACUUAGACAACGAUAUAUGUAAUAUAUAAAUAUUUAUAAAUACUUAAAUACAUAGAAAACACCCAUGACUCAGGAAUCUCAGGAUCCAUGCUCAUCACACGAAUAAAUGUCCUUACCAGGAUUUGAACCCGGGACCAUCGGCUUCGUAGGCAGGGUUCACUAUCCACUAGGCCAAACUGGUCGUCUAAAUUAAAACACAACCGCACGUGUAUUGUACAACGUUUUACAGUACAUAUAUGGCCCUUUAAAUUUUUGACAUUCGCACUUAUAAUGCUAGUUUCUGCACUAGGGCGGUAAAUUAGCGCCAUAUAUACUGUAUUUUUUUUUCUUGUCAUUCAUAACAAGCGGCAGUAUGAUAAAAAGAUGUGUUACGUUAAUUUAAUUACAUUGCAGAGUUUUUUUAUGGCACGAGUUUUUUUUACAUUGCAUGGUUUUAUGGCACGACCGCGACGGUAGCAAAUAAGUUUUGUAACGAGAAAGAGCACGACUAUUGUAUUAUAAUAUCGUUAUAAUACAUUACGAUACAAGUGCGAAAAGUAGAAAAUUAGCAACGAAUAGCGAUAAAUUAAAAUACGACCGAAUAGUGUUCCAAAUCGACAUGAGUUGCGAAUUACCCAUAACCAAGUGUAUCGUACACGUACAACGUUUUACAGUACAUAUAGCUCCUUAAAUUUUCGACAUAGACGCGUAAAGUGCUAAUUACCGCACUAGUGCGGUAAAGUAGUACUAUAUGUACUGUAUAAAGAUAGUUUGUGGCUUGUUUGCUGUAAAAUAAGAAUCAUUCAAUUAUACUUAAUAGUAUUUUUUAACUGUGAUAUACCUACUAAUGUUCACUAUUGUUAUUAUUAAUAAUUAAUAACUUAUUAUUGUCUCACAAGUGCAGAUGUGCAAGUUGCGGAAAGUUUGUAAAAAAAUGGAAAAGUUAUUGGAAACUGGACUAUGCGUCAAAAUGGUCCAAAAACCAAGAGAGUUGAUAAUUAGGUCAUUAGAUAGGCAUUUCUAUAACCAUCAUCACCCUUAUUACCUAGGCAAUAGAGUCCACCGGUGGGUGAGCGCGCGGAAUGGUUUGCCGCGCUCGCAGCGGUGCGCGAACAUCUACCCUGCAGCGAUUAAUUUACAUACUUAUAAGGACUCUAUUGCCUAGGUAAUAAGGGUGACGACAUUUUGACUAAAAUAAAAAUAUCUCAGUUCUGCAAUGGAAUUCCGCUUGGUGCCCAUAUAACGACAUUAAGUACAUAUAAAUGUAUCUAAUGACCUUACUCUCAUUUCUGUUCGUUUUUGGACCAGGCUCCAUACAAAGUUGCCCAAGGGUCUUUCAAGUAAAUUUCACAGUAAGCAAAGGAAACUCUCAUUUUAGAAAUUGAAAAUUUCUAAGUUUCCCAAACUUUUCCUAGUGGAAAUUUCGCAAUUUUGGUAACUUUCCGAUGGCACAUCAUAUCUUCAUCGUAUUCAUAAGAAAAUCGACAUAGUUACUUAAUCUUUCUGGUUAAACCCAUUGGUUGACUGGUAGAGAAUGCUUUAAGGCAUUAAGUCCGCCAUUUGUACCUUCGUGUAUUGUGCAGUAAAGAUUAAAUAAAUGACAUGUUUUUUUUUUUUUUUUUUUUUUUGUAAUAUUAAUUGUCAUGUUUAAAUGAGAAGACUUGUUUUGUUUAGUUUUAAGUUAAUGUUGUGUGCCCUUACAGGGUGUCAUGGUCUUACUUGUAUUUUAUGGUAUAACAUCCUGAUUUAUUAUGUACAUGACUUUACAACAAAUAAAUAAUAAUAAUAAUAAAUAAAUAAACAUUUUUUGCAAUUUGCACGUAUCGAGAUUUUAGGGGCAUGACACACUGCGUCCGAUUCGCACGAGCUCCAAAGUUUGAGCGAGACAACGCUAUGCGCGUAUUAUAGCGACAUCCCGCUCCCUCGUCGGAACGACGUGCUAAUCGGAUGCAGUGUUCAUGCCCCUUAGGUUUAAACUUUCUUUUAUUUACUCAAAACUAUUUUUAUUAUCUUCUAUUAAGAGAAUGUUAUCAUUUAAUUUCUCCUAUAAGUUAUGUUAUGUAAAUUUACGUUUUAGAGAUAGGUACGAGUAUAUCAAUAAAUAAAGAUUAACUAUAACAUUUUUUUAUGUGUUAUGAGUUAUUUAGGUAAAUUAAAUUUAUUUUAUUGUUUGGCACUGAAUGUGACUGAAUAUAAUUAGGAAGGAGUUAAAAAGAUAUUGUUUUUGACAUUGAGGUAAGGUAAGGAGAGGUAAGACUAUCACCGGGGCAAGACAAACACUUGUAUGGAAUCCUCAUACUGUUUGUCUUGCCCCGAGUAAAAUAAACUAUGUUCGUCUUACCCCACCCUUACCUUAAGCCUUUCUAAAAUAGGCCAACUCUUCCUUUUUAUCUUUGGUAGGCAAUAAAUAAAAUAUUUAUUGUGUAAAUAUUACAAUGGUAUCAAUUGCUAUUUUUUUUUCAAAUUAAGAAAACAAGUUUUGAAAACUGAAACUCCUAUUUAAUUAAUACAUAAUACCCUCCUCCUACUACUUGAAAAUUUUGUCUACGGAAUGCAAGCUAAAGCGCAUGAUACAGAUUACUCUACUAACUAGUCGGACUGCGCUAACUAGGAACUAAUUUUAAGGAGCUAGUUAGGACGACUGAAUAAAGUAUGGUGUUCAUCCUCUCCUAAUUUUAAAAUAAUUAUUUACUUUUCAAGCUAUUCAACUAUGGACAUAAGGCGCGCCCAAUUUCCUAAUUCUUUCAAGAGACAUUAAACUUCACUUUUUAUCUUA